UGCCUUUACUCGUGGUAUCCCGCUAGUAGCUCGCGGAGAGUCUGGCACGGGCUAGCUACAGUAGUAAAUAGCAUGCGGGAGUCGAUACAUGCCCUUCGUUGUGACUUGUUGUGCCUUCAAGACACACAGAGCGAACGGAGUAGGUCGUAUCCUUUGUGCUUUGUGAGACGAAGGAACACCCGAGAAGUGAGAUUGAGAGUAACA